AUGUUACGCGCAAAUGUUAGGGCGCCCGUCCGCUCCUUGUACACCUCUGUGUUGGAGUCCGACAUCAACAUUACUCGUAAUGGAAAAGUCAAUAUUGCCAGUGGUCCCGGUGGCCGCUCCUCAAGAACUGGCUACACCGCUACUGUGUUUGGUGCCUCUGGCUUUUUGGGUCGUUACCUCACGUCCAAGUUAGCUAGACACGGCACCACCACCGUUGUUCCAUUUAGGGACGACUUGAAGAAGAGAUUUUUAAAAGUGACUGGUGACUUGGGUGUGGUGAACUUUGUGGAAUUCGAUGGCAGAAACUUGCAAUCGAUUGCCGAGUCCGUGCAACACUCCGAUAUUGUUUUCAACUGUAUUGGUGCUGACUACAACACCAAGAACUUUUCGAUGGCUGAUGUCAACAUUGAACUUACCAGACGCAUUACUGAGGCUGUCAAGGAAGCGGGUAACCCAAGAUACGUUUAUGUUUCCUCUUACAAUGCCAACCCAGCGUCUGACUCUGUAUUCUAUGCUACCAAAGGUAUUGCUGAGCAGGUGGUGAGAGACAUCUUACCUGACUCGACGAUCGCUAGACCAGCUCCAAUGUUCGGUCGUGAAGACAAUUUAUUGAACUACUUAGGUCCAAAAUUGAAGAUGUGGAUUCCCAACAGAAAUGAAAAGGAAAUCUACCCAGUCCAUGUUCUCGACGUUGCUCACGCCCUUGAAAGAAUCGGUUUUGAUGACUCCACUGUCGGCCAGACGUUCGAGUUGUAUGGUCCAGAGAAGUUGACCUUCAGAGAGAUCAGAGAAAUGAUUCAUGGUAUCACUCAGGACUUCUCUCAGGUUGGUCCUUUCUCUUACAGCUUUGCCGACUACAAGAUUCCUUUGGCAGUAGCCAAAUUUGUCGCUCAAAUGAAGCAAUUUUUGUACUGGAAGCAGACCAACCCAGACCAGAUUCAGAGACACUUGAUCAACCAGGUCAUUGAUCCUAACGCCAAGACAUUCGCUGACUUGGGUAUUGAUAAGAGAGACCAGUUGGCCGAUGUCUUGUUCUCUUACGUGAGGCACUGGAGACAUCCAUUGAUCGCCCAACAGGGUGCUCCAUCGAAAAAGGAAUUGGCCAGAUUGCGUGAAGUGGAGCACUUCACCUAA